GGUUCAUUGCAUUAACAAUGAGUUUUAUUGUUUUAAUAAACAUUUUGGAGCCGUUUAAGGAGUAUUAAUGUGGGUUUCCGAGCCUUCUCUUUCUUAGCUUUCUAUGGCUCAUACUUGAUAAUUAUCCUAUUCUGGGUGUGCCUUCAGUUAUGAUGUUUCUUUAGCCGGUUUCACGAUCAGUCCUCCAGAAUUCGUGACUUUUCAGAGGCUUAUUUUUUAGUUAGGGUACUUCUUUUCACAACUUUUCAGGCUUUUUCCGAGCUUAGAUGCUUGAUGUUGAAGCUCAGAUUUUGGACUGUUGCACUUCUUUCUAUCUUUUCUCUUUCCUCAUUUUCUUUUUUCAUCCAUCCCUCCUCCUCCUCUGGGCAAUUCAAGAACGCUUUAUGGAAUAAGAUUUUUUCUAUAUACAUGUCUCUGACCAUUCUAACAUUGCAGUGAUUUCAAUUUGUACUUUUCUCUCCCAAAAAAAAAAAAAAAAAAUGAAAAGAACCAAACUCCAGAAUCCUUAUGGUUAAAACUUUUAUGACUUUGAGGCCCUUGGAUGUGGAGUUUCCGUUUUUACUUUUCAGUUUUCUUUUGUCCUUUUUUUUCGGUUUUGUUUUGUUUUAAUAGAAAGGAUUGGAUUUUGACAAUGAGGUUGUGUCUUCGGCAGUGGCUCAAAUUUUAGUUGUCUUCUUCCCAUCUUUAUUUUGUUUUGUGCCUCCUCUGUGGGUGUGUAUGUCUGUGUAGGGUCUACACCAUCCAUGUUUACUCUGAAUAAUGGCUGUCAUGUUUCCUGCUCAUUCCUCUUUUUGCUAACUUGAUACUUACUACUCAAGGUGCAACAUUUCUCAUGUGGUUAGGACCCACGGUUCGCCUCACCAUUUCCGAUCCAGACCUCGUCAAAGAUAUCUUCACCUCCAAGUCAGAGUUUUAUGAGAAGAUUGAAGCACACCCACUUGUUAAACAGCUCGAAGGUGAUGGCCUCCUCAGUCUGAAAGGAGGAGCAAAAUGGGCUCACCACAGGAAAAUCAUCACCCCUACAUUCCACAUGGAAAAUCUGAAACUGUUGAUACCGGUAGUGGCAAAGAGUGUGGUGGACAUGUUGGAGCAAUGGCAGCUUGUUGCAAUGUCCGAGUCGGGAGAGGUUGAAAUUGAAGUUUCGGAAUGGUUCCAAACCCUAACAGAAGAUGUCAUCACGAGAGCAGCAUUUGGCAGCAGCUAUGAAGAUGGAAAAAAGGUUUUCAGAUUACAAGCACAGCAAAUGAAGCUUGCUGCAGAUGUUUUUCAGAAAGUUUUCAUCCCUUGCUACAGAUUCCUGCCCACAAAGAGAAACAUGAAUUGCUGGAAGUUGGAUAAGGAAAUCAAGAAAUCUGUGGUGAACUUAAUCGAACGGCGGAAAGAUGAGAAAAAUAAUUCUGGUGGGGAUUUAUUAAUGCAAGAGAAAAGUCCAAAGGAUCUGCUGGGCCUCAUGAUUCAGGCUUCAAAGUCUUGCCCAUCAUCAAAUAUCACUGUCCAUGACAUUGUUGAAGAGUGCAAGAGCUUUUUCUUUGCCGGCAAACAGACCACAUCCAAUUUGAUGACGUGGACUACUGUUCUUCUGGCUAUGCACCCUCACUGGCAGGUACAGGCACGUGAGGAGGUCCUGAGGGUGUGUGGAUCACGUGAUGUACCCAGCAAAGAUGAUGUUGUCAAGCUUAAGACGCUAAGCAUGAUAUUUAACGAGUCCCUCCGAUUAUACCCACCGGCGAUCGCAGCAAUCAGACGGGCCAAAUUUGAUGUAGAGCUCGGAGGCUACAAGAUCCCAUGUGGGACCGAGAUUUUGGUUCCGAUCUUGGCCAUCCAUCAUGACCAAGCCCUGUGGGGCAACGAUGCCAACGAAUUCAACCCAGGUCGAUUCUCCGAGGGCGGGGCACGGGCAGCGAAGCAUCCGGUGGCGUUCAUUCCAUUUGGCCUUGGUGUCCGCACAUGCAUCGGACAAAAUCUAGCCAUAUUGCAGGCCAAGUUAACGCUGGCAAUCAUAUUGCAGCGCUUCUCCUUUAGGUUGUCCCCAAGCUAUCAGCAUGCACCGACGGUCCUGAUGCUACUCUACCCACAAUAUGGUGCACCCAUCCUUUUCCAGUCCCUGUCCCAUCCUGAUCAGGGCCACAAAGAUCAAGGGUCCUCCUAAGAUGAUGUUGCUAUCUCUAUAAAGACCCAACAUCCCGAUCGAGUGUGAGCACGCCUAUAUAUGCUAGGUGCAUUAAUAUUGUUGAGUGGGCAUACUGCAGAAGUACCCAUCAUGAUUGCCUUGCCUUUGCAUUCCUGAGGGAGCGAGCUGAUCAGAAUUAUAUAUAUAUAUAUAUAUAUAGGAGCUGCUGCUGCUAAGCUAAAGAUCGAUCAUCUUUUAGGGAGAAAUGUUUGUGAUAUUAUUGUUGGUAUUGCUUGAUGAUGAUGAGUACUACUGGCAUCCAUGUCCAUGGUUUUUUGUUUUCGUUUUUAACCAGAAGAAUGUUUCACCCUGGCAUGUAACCCCGGGCGGCACCCCCAAGUCCUCAUGUUUUGCUGAUCUUUUUUGUUUUUUGUAUGUAAGCUCUGUUUUUAGUUGUAGGAUUUUAGUAAAUGGCUAACAGUUGUAGGUAUAAAUCUAGCUCCUAGUCAUCUCCUAUGUAUGUAUUGUAUAUUUUUCCACAUUUUCUACACAGUUUUGUAUUACUAUGUUUUCAUGAAUGUUAAUUAAUUGGUUGGACAUA